UUUUAGUACACAUUAGUAAUGUGUUUUGUUACUAUAACAUUUUGCCUUAAAAAUAUAAUGGCUUGGAAGUCAUAAUACCCUAACUAAAUACUCCCAACUUUUUAAUACUUCGUACAUGUAUUUUUCCCACAGUUCUUGAGUAAGUUGUGAAUGGUAACUUUGACUAUGCAAUGGGGUUCAGAAUUGCAUAGUGCUUAGUUAAGGUCUGUAUUCCUUGGCCUAAAGUUGAGCACAACGGUAAAACCAAAGUUUCCCUAGUCUGAUUUUUAUACUUGGCUUAUAGCAAAGCCAAAAACAAGUGUAAGUUGAAUAUUUCUCUUAUUUGAACAUGUGCAAGUUGACUACAUGCUGCUUUUAUCUAUAUAAAUUCACCUCAGUUGGUCGAGCUCACCAAGUAAAAAGGGAAAAAUAAAGGGAUGAGGAGUUCUGUAUGUGUUUUCCCGCUGUGAAAAACAUUCUUUUUGUGUAGUUUUAUCCAAAUGAUGAGAUUUGAGCUAAUAUGUGCUGUUGGUUACAGAGUUACGCAGUUGUUUCUAUAUAGCUUAAGUUCAUUCUGCUUUAUGGUUCAAGUAAAUGAAGACCAAUGAAGGGGAUAUCUUGUCUGCAAGUACACAGUUCUAUAAAAUCUCAGAAUGUGUUUUCUCAUUGCAGUAAUGCACCAGCUACUAAACUGCAUAUAAAGUUCAGGUCUAGUUUGCAAGGAGGAAAAAUAAAGUCAAUUUCUACCCUUUUUCGUCUGUGUAUAGGUGUGACUCGGAUUCAUGAGAGGACUGUUAUUAUAGGUGGAUCACCUUAUGAAACUGGCUCAUGAGGGGCGACCAAUGUGGAUUUCAGAGGCUGGCAUGAUGUGGAUAUGUGAAGUGGGUUCAGGUGGUUAACUUAAGCAUGUAUUUGAAGAAUACAAACGUGAAAACAUCUUUAUAUUAAAGUUGUGUUCACACGAGUUGAUGAUCUCUGAACUAGUCUGGCUUAUUCUUCAACAAAAAUAAACUCUGAUACUUGAGCGAUGUGAGGGGCAGAAGAUGACGCUGAGCUCGUGGGCGCUCUGUGUUGCCUACUGCAGAGCAGUGCAGGCCUGGCUCCAUGCCGGGUAGAUGGAGAGACUUGUCCAGUUAGUCUCACACGAAGGGGAGCACUGGCUAGCAGUACGUGGGGCUGCUAAUCAGCUCCAUAACCAAGGUGCCAAAUAACGGUGCUGACUUCUGAGUGAUCCGUGGAAGACGUAAGAUCCAGUUUCUCAUCUUGGCCCCAUCUGCUUUCUCAGAGUCCGAGCCCACGUCUGAGUUGGACAGGAGGUGGAGAGCCCAAGACAUCAUACACCCUCAAAAUACUUCAGUAGAAUAUGACCAAAUCCCAGUCCUGUCGCCCAGCGAGAUGCCUUCAUCAGCUGACAGUCUGCAGACUGUUCACAGGCAUUGGCUACUCCGCAGUGCACUUCAUCAAUAAGAGCCAGCAAAGGCUGUGAGGUUUGCCACACCGUCCUCAUCCAGCAGAGGAAUAAGAGCAAAGACAGAGACUGGCAGGGAAAGCGAGCAUCCAGCAAGGGCAGGGUUGCAGACUGCAGUCUCCCUCUCGAGGUGCUGCUUGCUGCUGCCCCUCACUCAGAUCGUCCAGGUAGUACCCGAACAAGCAAAAAGGAUGGAUGUCUUUAAGAAAGGUUUCUCCAUUGCUAAAGAAGGUGUGGUGGCUGCUGCAGAAAAGACCAAGCAGGGAGUGACAGAGGCUGCAGAGAAGACUAAAGAAGGUGUGAUGUAUGUAGGUACCAAAACCAAGGAAGGCGUAGUGCAAAGCGUGACCUCAGUUGCUGAGAAGACCAAGGAGCAGGCCAACGUGGUGGGAGAAGCUGUAGUAGCCAGCGUGAACACAGUGGCGAACAAGACGGUAGAAGGAGCAGAGACCAUUGUGGCCACUACAGGAGUUGUAAAAAAGGAGGAGCUGGCCCCGCCACAGCAGCCAGGGGCCACGGGAGAGGCGGCCACAGCUGGGAGCGCAGAAGGCAGCGGAGAGGGUGAAAAUGAAGGCAAUUAAUCAACUGAGUUACUUCUAGCUCAAAAGAGGGAAUCCCAAGAGCAUACAUGGAAAUACUAGCUGACACUGCAACAAGGAAGUCCUGCUAUCCACAGACUAACUGCAUUCAGCACUGUUGUCUUUCAUUUGCCUCAUAAACCAACCUUACUGUACAAUGUAAGUCAGGCUCCCGAUUGUAAGGAAAGUGUGACACUUAACCAGGGGUGAUCCCCCUCCCCUCCAUGUCCUUUGUGGCUUCCUGACCCCUAGCUUUGCGUGUUCUGGUGCUCUGGUUUGUUUUGGUGGGGCUCACUGAUCCAUGGCCCAUGUCCACCUGCACUGGCACUUGGGAUCUCUAGGUAUUGUGGAUUAUUA